GUCCUCACACCGCUCAGACCUGAGUUUGUCACAGUUGAAGCUGAAGCUAUGUCUCCACAAAGCACAUCUGUGGCUGUUUUGAUUGGGACCAUCAUCGUGUCCCUAACGAGACCGGACUGCACAGCUAUCAGGGAAAACAACGAAGGAUUCAAACUCUGCGUCACGUCAAUGCGAGGCGUCAAAGACCUCUCACAUCUAAACAUCACCAGUGUUCCAAGUCUUUCCAACGAAACCCAGUAUUUGGACAUCUCCUACAACGUCAUCCAAACGCUGGAAGGAACUGAGUUUUCUGGACUGUCCCAGCUUUGUUUUUUGAACGCAGCUCACUGUGGACUUCGGGAGAUUUCAGCCACAGUGUUCACCCACACACCAGCACUCAAAAUUCUCAACAUAUCUAACAACGACUUAGCUUUCAUCCCUGACAUUUCCUUGAAACAGCUGAAAAUUCUCGAUCUGGCCAACAACCGGUAUACCAGCUAUGAAUUACCGGCAUCCUUUCAGAACUUCACAAAGCUGGACUUCCUGUCUCUGGGUAGCGCGGCUGCUCUGUCAGUGAGCUACGGUGACUUUGAUGCCCUGAUGAAUGUUUCUGUUCAGCAUCUGUUUUUGGGAGCAGGAACUCACUGGCAAAAGUAUGAACCUGGUUCUCUUGCAAAAGUCAAGUCUCUCAAAAAGCUGUCCCUCUUUGCAUCUUUUUGUGGGACCUUUGGGAUGUUUGAGAACCUCCUUGUGGACUUGAAUGUGACACAAGCAAAAAUGUUGCGAGUCAUCUCGCUAUUUCCAGACAGCUGCAAUGUGAGCGACGACCCCUUUAAGAACCUGAGAACAAUGCCUUUUAUUCAGAAUCUCACCUUAGAAAACACCUGGAUAAACAGCACGUUUAUGGUGGUGUUUAUGAAGAACGUGUGGGUUUCCCCUCUCCACCAGCUCUCAUUUGUCAACAUCACUUACAACGAGGACACACCAGAUGGCUUUAAUUUACCGCCCAUUAAUCACACAAUCAAUCUUUCCUCGGUUAUCUUUAAUGGUGUGAAUCAUUAUCAAUACAGGUAUCCCACGAUAAACAUGAGCUUUGAGGCCGCCUCCAGACUGACCUAUUUAAAGUUCUCUGGGACUGGAAUGAAUAUUUUGCCCUGCAGAGUCAUGACUGCCCUGCCAUCACUGCAGAUUCUUGACCUGUCAGAUAACCUGCUGUCAGAGUCGGGCUUCUGGUGGACUCCGUGUUCACGCAGCUCUGUUUUUCCCAAACUGCGGAAGCUGUCUUUAAGCAGGAACCGCUUCAGCAGUCUUUCCUUUAUCUCUCAGAAGACACAUCAGAUGAACUCACUGGAGUCUCUGGAUCUCAGCUUCAACUCCAUCCACUUGGACGGGGACUGCUAUUGGCCUGCUCAGCUGACUGAGCUUCGCCUUGGAAACAACAACCUGGGCAACAGUGUCUUUGCAUAUCUGUCAUCAGACUUUGAGAAGAUCGACUUGUCAAAGACAGGAAUAACGUCCAUAACGCAAAAGGAUCUGACUCGCUUUUCCAAGCUGACACAUCUUACUCUUAGCUCCAACAGCAUCCAGGUUAUCCCGGUAGAUCUCAGUGUCCCCGCUCUGCUGAGUCUUCACAUAGACCAGAAUGCUAUCACAUCUAUAUCGAGAGAGGUCUUGGCAGGGCUUCCCAGGCUUCAGAAACUCAAAGUUGGAGGCAAUCCGUUUGUCUGCUCGUGUGACUCCUAUUGGUUCAUCACUGCUUUCAACAAGUCCUUGUUAAUGGACUGGCCCUUAGAUUAUACAUGUAGCACACCACUGUCAUUUGCAGGUCUGCCUUUGUCGGAGUACAAACCCAGUGAGCUGUCGUGUGAGAUGUGGCUUCAAGCUGCAGUUGCGCUGCCCGUGCUGAUAGUUAUAUCUGCAGCUGUAGGUCUGGUUUUUCAUAAAUGUGAUGGAGCGUGGUAUACAAAGAUGUUAUGGGUCUGGAUCCGGAUGAAAAGGAGAGGCAAGAAACGUUCCAAUAUUUUGAACAACGCAUCAUUUAGUUAUCAUGCGUUCAUUUCCUACAGUAAUCAAGAUUCUGACUGGGUGGACGCCCACCUGGUUCCCACUUUGGAAGGUGCUGGAUUUUCCCUAUGUGUCCACGAGAGAGACUUUGUCCCUGGAGAGUGGAUCAUAGACAACAUCAUCAACUGUGUUGAGUCCAGCUACAAGACGCUGUUUGUCCUCUCCAAACACUUCGUGCAAAGCGAAUGGUGCAACUACGAGCUCUUCUUCGCUCAGCACCGAGCCAUCAGCGUCCAUCGGGACUCGCUGGUCUUCAUAUUAUUGGAGCCCAUUCCGACAGACUCUCUUCCUAAGAAGUAUUUGAGACUCAGGAGUUUGCUGAGGCAGCAGACAUACCUCGAGUGGCCGAAAGAUGACAGGAAGCAGCAGACUUUCUGGGCAAGCCUGAAAUCCACGCUGCAUAUUGCAGACAAAUCUGUUGUUCUGAAGGACAUUGCACUGGCCAUUUCAGAUACAGUACCUCUGGUUGCAGACCAAAUGUAAGUCACAAUUUUAUUCAAGCAUGACAUGUGCACAUACUGAU